AUCUCACGAGCUGCAUCAGCUUCACAAGCGUGCGACAGACAGUUCGCUAAACAUCCGUCACGCUUUCACCCUCACAUUUCCGGGCUUCGAGCAUCCGACGCUCGUGAUCUCCUUGGGCUUGCUAGCACCUACCGCGUUGUUGUCACUUCGCUCAUGCAGAUAUAUACAAUCGACGGUGUUCCUGUGAGAAUAGAUCAGAGGUGGAAGAAUCACACCAGCAGGACUUUGUUUUCUUGUGUCUCGGUUAUUCGAUGAUACGCGAUGUAUAAAUGGCUGCGAACAACCCGGACGAAGUUAACAUUUCGAUCUCCGCCACAAAAUCCCCAUAAAAAGCGAGUACCCUCUUUCCAACCGAAGCAUCAGACACGAUGAGUGCCUCCCCUCUGUACACAAUCCAUUGGUAUGAUGGAUAUAAGCCAUGUUUUCCUCUCGAGUUCGAAUCUUUAGAUCGUUAUAAAGCCCUUGAGCACUGUGACAUGCUUAAACGUCUCCGUCGACAGGUGUCCUUGGAUCCCGUACAUCCUGGUCUCGCUUUCGAAGCUCUCAUUCCAGCUCGACUGGUGCCGUCUGGUCCCGAACAUCGUCCGUUACCUCCAUUUGCGCUCAAAGGAGGGAGAUUCCGGCUCGUCAUUCAUCAUGGGAUACAGAAUGAGAUAGGGUAUCUCUCUCAGGUCGGGGUUGCAGACGUGAAGGAAAUCGAUCAAUCGGAAUAUUUGGGCCGUGUCGUCAGGAAGUUUUUCCAGGCCUCCCUUAUGCAACUUCCUGUGAUGUUCAGCAAUCGCUCCAUUGACUAUGGGUCUCCUAGAGAACUCGCAGGCGUUGAGGACCUGGUAUACAAUGCGCUCAAAGACAUCCAGGGCUUGGUCAUUCCUUACUAUUACGAAAAGCAUAAGUUCCUGAUGCCCAACGGCGAGUGGGCGAGGGCAAUCUUCAAAUUUUGCAAAGCAUUUUUUUCGGCUUUCCCGGUAGAUGUUACAGACGACAAACAUGUUGCUUCCAAACAGGCUGUCGCCGAACGAAACAGGCAGCCGGAAGAUGCAAGCGAUUUUCUCGCGGCGUGUGGUGGAAUUGGUGGAAGCUGUGGAAGAUCUUUUCUAGCCGAUGAGGAAAAGGCCAUUGAGUCGUUGAUGUGCUUAAGAUUACUCGUAGGCCAUCCGUAUUCGCUUAAUCAUAUCUAUUGUCACAGUCUCUCCCAAAACCGUUACCCAUCCGGUCCUCUCUUUAGAGUUUGACUGAAAACUCUCGAGCGACUUCACAAUCUAGCAUCCAAUAGUCCUCAUCGCUCCGCUUACAUGUUGAAUGUUGCCAUUCUGGCCC